GGCCUCGAGCUUCUUUCCAGACGCCAACUCAACGCCAACCACAGACACGUCAAAGCCGCCCUCGCCAGCCUCCUACGCACUUUGGACGACGCCCAACACCCCAACAGGCCCGACCCACAACCAGACGCUACGACCACCGUCGACCAAGGGGAAGACGACAGCAGUAGCGGCUUCCACGAGUUCGACCUGAGCUCCCUCCUGCCUUCAUCUGCGCCGCCGUCCCCUCCGUCCAUCGCCUUCACUUGUGAAGCAGACCUGGCUCUGGCGCCCACGACCAGGUUCAGGCUUUGCGCUCAGGUGCUGCCGCUCGGGGCGUUCUUCGUGUUCGUGGACCCCGGAUGCCGGGUCGCUCGGCUGAUCGAGCUGGUGGAGAAGCAGGCCGUCGAGCUCUACCGGGUGCACGUGCGAGUGGUGAAGCUGCGCGACCGCUUCGACGUCGAUCUGCCGCCUUCGUACACCAUCGGCUCCAUGCUGCAGCACGACGACACCGUCAUCGCCGACCACGAGCUGCCUCCAGACCACCAACCGACACCCUCGUCGUCGUCAACGUCAGAACCGCCAUCAUCGCCACCAACACCGCCGGCCCAGGCGAUACCCAGGGUGACGUGCCUGCGAUUCACCGAGCAGCCGCCUGCUCAGGUCUUCCAGAACAGGGAGUUCACUUGCACGGUGGCACAUCCGCCAAUCGGUCGGGCGAUGGUGGAGGGCAAAGACGAGACGACGAAGUGGUGGCCGAUCGAGGUGAGAGUGGUGGAACAGGCGAGCGGAUCGGCCUUGAGCCGGGCGGACUACGGCGUGCGGUUGGCGGCGCUGGACCACCACGAGGGGGUGGCUGUCCUGUUCAUCAAGAUCCGCCAGAACUCCUUCUACGGCCGUCGACCCUUCGUCAUCAGUGUGGCCCUGCGCGAAGGAGGUGCAGCAGUAACAUCCGACGCAAUCGUGGUUGUGGCCAAGAAGAAGAACAAGAAGCCAAGUCAGCGUUGCUGA